CUCAUAUCUUGUCUUCUUUUUUUGUGGAUAAAAAGUUUGUGAAUUGGAGCUUGUGCUAUUGCAGAUUGGUUUACUAUAUAUGUUUCUGUUCUUGAAUCUGUAAAACAGUUUUAGAGUUUGUGGGGGAAGAGAAGCAAAAAGUUUUUACAGGGUUGAGCUUUUCUGGUUCUUCUUUCUCAUUACAAGCAAGGAGAAUUCUUGCUGGGCAAAGAGGGUUUGAGACUAAGAAAUGGAGGGCCUAUGGACUGUGUUUUGUGGGGAAUCUGAUUGUCCUUCUGGUAAGGCAGAGCCUUGCACCAUUGAUUUCAUGUUUGUGACACGGCCUUCUUCGUGUAUCAACCAUGCCAUGAUUAUUUGUUUUGAUAUAUUGCUCGUGGCCGUGUUCUUAUUCAAUGUCAUUCGGAAGAAACCAUCAGAGCACUUUCAUGGUGCUACGCGUUUGCAAAUGAUAUCUGCCAUUUUCAAUGGGGUUUUGGGAUUGGUAUACUUGAUUUUGGGUAUUUGGAUGUUAGUCGAUAAAUUAAGGUUGUCCCGGUCUGUUUCACCUCUGCAUUGGUGGUUGCUAGUUUUGUUUCAAGGACUAACAUGGUUGCCAAUGGGCUUAAUGAUUAGCCUUAGAGGAAAACAUUUCCCAAAAGCAUCAUUGCGGGUUUUGUCAAUUCUUGCCUUCUUGUUUACUGCAAUUGCUUCUUGUUUAUCCCUCAUCACCGCCAUUUCUAUCAAAGAAGUGUCAAUUCAGGUAGCUUUGGAUAUACUGUCCUUUUUAGGGGCAAGUUUGUUGCUGCUAUGCACUUACAUGGGUUACAAAUAUGAAGAAAUUGAUGAGAAUCGAUGUACCCCCUUAAACAGUGAGGUCAAUGGAAGUAGUAAAACCGAGUCUGUUGUCACCAUUACUCCAUUUGCGAAAGCUAGGUUUUUCCAUAAAAUGACCUUUUGGUGGCUGAACCCAUUGAUGAAAAGGGGGAGGGAGAAAACACUUGAGGAUGAAGAUAUACCCAAAUUGCGCGAGGAAGAUCAAGCACAAGCUUGUUACUUGCUAUUCACAGAGAAAUUCAAUGAGCAAAAACAACUCAACCCAUCAUCCCAACCAUCGGUUUUGUGGACAAUAGUUUCAUGCCAUUGGAAGGAGAUUUUUAUGUCGGGAUUGUUCGCACUGCUAACAGUUGUUACUCUAUCUACCGGUCCACUUAUUCUCAAUACCUUCAUUGAGGUUGCCGACGGCAAAGAAAGUUUCAGAAAUGAGGGCUAUGCGUUGGCCAUCUUACUUUUCUUUUCUAAGAGCAUUGAGUCCUUAGCACAGAGGCAAUGGUAUUUCCGAAGCAGACUCAUUGGUCUAAAAGUGAGGUCUUUGCUAACAGCAGCCAUUUAUAAGAAGCAAUUAAGACUAUCCAAUGCUUCGAAAACGAUGCAUUCGGCCGGUGAGAUAAUGAACUAUGUUUCCACUGAUGCUUAUAGGAUUGGAGAGUUUCCUUUUUGGUUUCAUCAAACUUGGACAACGAGCCUCCAGCUCUGUCUUGCCUUAAUAAUCCUAUUCCGCGCAGUCGGGCUUGCCACAAUUGCAUCCUUGGUGGUGAUAAUUCUUACUGUGCUUUGCAAUGCCCCGCUUGCAAAAUUGCAGCAUAAGUUCCAGUCUAAGCUCAUGGUGGCCCAAGAUGACCGGCUCAAGGCUACUUCAGAAGCGCUCGUGAACAUGAAGGUGUUGAAACUCUAUGCGUGGGAAAGUCAUUUCAAGAAUGUCAUCGAAAACUUGAGGAAAGUGGAAUAUAAAUGGUUAUCGGCAGUUCAAAUGCUUAAAGCAUACAAUAGCUUUCUCUUCUGGACAUCCCCGGUAUUUGUCUCAACUGCCACUUUUGGGGCAUGUUAUUUUCUCGGAGUGCCUUUGCAUGCUAGUAAUGUUUUCACAUUUGUAGCGACUUUACGACUUGUUCAAGAGCCGGUUAGAUGUAUUCCUGAUGUAAUUGGGGUUGUUAUUCAAGCGAAAGUUGCAUUCGCUAGGAUUGUGAAAUUUCUCGAGGCGCCUGAGGUAGAGAACAUAAAAAUCAGGCAAAAACGCAACAUGGGAAUGAAGAGCCACAGCAUUUUCAUCAAAUCUGCUAGUUUUUCGUGGGAAGAGAGUCCGUUGAAGCCCACGCUUAGAAAUAUUAAUUUAGAGGUUCAAGCUGGUGAAAAGGUGGCUAUAUGUGGAGAGGUCGGUUCAGGCAAAUCGACUCUUCUGGCUGCUAUCCUGGGAGAGGUUCCAAAUAUCCAGGGAACCAUUCAUGUAUACGGGACUAUUGCCUAUGUUUCUCAAUCGGCAUGGAUCCAGACAGGAACUAUACAAGAAAAUAUUUUAUUUGGGUUGGGAUUCGAUAAUGAGAGAUACCAAGAAACAUUAGAGAAGUGUUCCUUGGUGAAGGACCUUGAGUUGCUACCCUACGGUGACCUCACUGAAAUAGGCGAAAGAGGAAUUAAUCUCAGCGGUGGUCAGAAGCAGCGGAUCCAACUUGCUCGUGCGCUAUAUCAGGAUGCUGAUACAUAUCUGUUGGAUGACCCAUUCAGUGCUGUUGAUGCGCACACUUGUUCGAGCCUAUUUAAUGAAUAUGUUAUGGCAGCUCUUUCAACGAAGACGGUCUUACUUGUCACCCACCAAGUGGAUUUUCUUCCUGCAUUUGAUUCUGUUUUGUUGAUGUCGGAUGGAGAAAUUCUACACGCAGCUCCUUACCAUCAGUUACUGGCUUCAAGUCGAGAAUUUCAAGGCCUUGUCAAUGCACACACAGAAACUGCUGGUGCUGAAAGGCUUGAAGAGGUAUCUUCUUCUCAGAAGCGUGAAAUGUCUACCAAAGAGAUCAGAAAAACUCAUACUGAUGAGAUAUCUAAAGGGGACCAGUUGAUUAAACAAGAAGAGAGAGAAGUAGGAGGCAUUGGUCUUAAGCCUUACAUGCAAUACUUAAAUCAGAACAAAGGCUACUUGUUUUUCUCCGCGGCUGCUAUCUGCUACCUUGCAUUCGUGAUUGGUUCGAUACUACAAAACUCUUGGAUGGCCGCUAACGUUGAAAAUCCUAAUGUCACCACAUUGCAAUUGAUUGUAGUUUACUUGGUGAUCGGAUUUACUUCGACACCAAUUUUGCUUUUUAGAUCUCUCUCCACGGUUGCUCUUGGUAUGCAAUCGUCAAAAUCAUUGUUUUCACAGCUACUAAACUCCCUUUUUCAUGCACCCAUGUCAUUUUACGACUCUACGCCUUUGGGAAGGAUACUGAGUCGGGUUUCAGCAGAUUUGAGUAUUGUUGAUCUUGAUGUUCCCUUUAGCUUUAUCUACAGUGUUGGGGAUACCAUAAAUACCUAUGUUAAUCUUGCUGUGUUGGCUGUUGUUACCUGGCAAGUCCUGUUCAUCUCCAUACCAAUGAUUUAUUUGGCAAUUCUCUUGCAGAGAUACUACUUUAGCGCCGCGAAAGAAUUGAUGCGAAUCAAUGGCACAACAAAGUCUUUUGUGGCAAACCAUCUUGCUGAAUCCAUAGCAGGAUUGAUGACGAUAAGAGCUUUUGGGGAGGAGGAUCGAUUCUUCGUAAAGAAUCUUGACCUCAUUGAUAUAAAUGCCAGCCCAUUUUUCCACUGUUUUGCAGCAAAUGAGUGGUUGAUCGAACGGCUUGGAGUACUUAGUGCAGUUGUUCUCUCCUCAUCAGCACUCUGCAUGGUUUUGCUUCCUCCUGGAACUUUCAGCUCUGGAUUUGUUGGAAUGGCAUUGUCCUAUGGUCUCUCAUUAAACGUGUCCCUUGUUUUUUCCAUUCAAAACCAGUGUACUCUAGCAAACUACAUUAUCUCUGUAGAAAGGCUCAACCAAUACAUGCACAUUCCAAGUGAAGCACCUGAAGUGAUCGAAGAGAAUCGCCACCCGGCCAACUGGCCAACAGUUGGUAAAGUCAAGAUUCAAGAUUUGAAGAUCAGAUAUAGGCUUGAUGCGCCACUCGUUCUUCGUGGAAUAACUUGCACAUUUGAAGGAGGGCACAAAAUUGGUAUCGUUGGAAGGACUGGCAGUGGGAAGUCUACACUGAUCGGUGCUUUGUUUCGUCUGGUGGAGCCUGCAGGGGGCAAGAUUGUCAUAGAUGAGAUUGAUAUUUCUACCCUCGGACUUCAUGAUUUGAGGUCGCGGUUUGGGAUUAUACCUCAGGAUCCUACUCUUUUUAAUGGGACCGUGAGAUAUAAUUUGGAUCCAUUGGGUCAGCAUACUGAUCAGGAAAUAUGGGAGGUUCUUGGAAAGUGUCAGCUUGGAGACGUUGUUCAGGAGAAAGAAGUGGGCUUGGACUCGAUGGUUGUGCAAGAUGGUUCAAAUUGGAGCAUGGGACAAAGACAAUUGUUUUGUUUGGGCCGUGCCCUCCUAAGGAGAAGCAAGAUAUUGGUGCUUGAUGAAGCAACUGCCUCAAUCGACAACGCAACAGACUUAAUUUUGCAGAGAACCAUCAGGAUUGAGUUUGCUGAUUGCACUGUGAUCACAGUAGCCCAUAGAAUGCCAACCGUCAUGGAUUGCACCAUGGUUCUGGCCAUCAGCGAUGGAAAAUUGGUAGAGUAUGACGAACCAAUGAAGCUGAUGAAGGGAGAAAAUUCACUAUUUGGGCAGCUUGUGAAGGAAUACUGGUCUCAUUAUCAGUCUACAGAGUCACAUUGAAGCUUAUGGUAAUAUCUUAUGUUUCAUAAUGGGGAUUUUGCAACCCCAUAGAAACGGAGAAGAUUGGAGACUGGAAAUACCUAAUCGCCCCGUGCCCAUUUUUCGAAAGGCAAUAAUGAUCAAGAGUUUUUAUUAAAAUAUCUUGAGAGCAAGAACCUUAUAAAUUUAAUAAGGAUGAGGUGCACACACUAUGCAUUUGUAAUUAUAUAUAAAUUUAUGGGUUAAUUUUGAGAAUUAAUUAGAAGUUAUUGUGAAUAAGUGUCAAAACAACAUUAUUGCAAGUUUAAUCUUGUUAGCUCUAUUCUAAGGGCAUUUGUUAAUAUGUUUGAAAUAGUUGUACAUUAUUUAUAGAAGCAUGUAUUGUAAAAAAUCUAUAAUCAUUGUAAAUUUUGUUAACGAAUGUUCUUUAGCCUUGCACCAUUUA